AUGGGUAAGACAAGGAGUAUGAAUAGAAAGAAAAAGUAUGAUGAGGCAUCUGGUACGAACAGGAUCAAGACUUGUGACAAGAGUGGUGUGACACCUUGGUCAUAUCUUCCUCAUGAUGUCCUUCUUUUAGUUAUGAUGCGACUUGGAGUCGUUGAUAUUCUUGCAUUCAGUGGAGCUUGCAAGUCAUGGAGAUCAUUUGCUCUUUCUAAUAGGAACAAGUUUAUAGUGUCCAAACCACCUAUGUCAAUAUCAAUCUUUCAUAUUGAUGCUAAUGAGACACAAUACUACAUAAACGACUUUGAAGGAAGAAAGUUCAAAAUCACCCUUCCCCAUUUUGCUGUUGGCAGGAGGUGUAUUGGUGUAACUGGUGGCUACUUGAUUUUGUUCAAUCAGAAAACCUACGACUGCUGGCUUGUGAAUCUUAUUAAAAGGCAUGAAAUUCAUUUCCCUAAUGUCCCCCAUGAUGUCUUUUGUUGCCCUGGAUAUUUCAGGGCUAUCCUUGUCUUUUCACAUUCAAUGUCUGGGUGGGUGCUUGUUGUGUUGAAUAAAUGCUAUUAUAGACUAUGGUUUUCUAUAGCGGUUAACAACCGUUUCUUCAGAUCAAAAAUCAUACCACCAACACCAACACCAACACAAGCGUCACUCUCCUCUCUAUUGAGUCACGAUCUAGGGUUCCAGCAUUUGUCCCUCUCUCCUCUCUUCUGUAUCCAACUCACACCGGUGGUGGAAUGCCGGCCAAAGGCAGUGAAGGUCUGUAGUGUUUGUGGAAUCGCUCUCUCCUGGUAUCUCCGGCGAAUCGCCCUCUUCCGACGACAACAGCGAAAAAAACAACACCGCGAUCGUUCUCUUCCGGCGAAUCCAUCUCUUCUGAAGAAGGUAGUGGAAACGAAAAAACCCUUGCGUUCCUUUUUCUCCUCUCUUGCGACGAAACCCUUGCUUCUUCUUCUUCUUCUUCUUCUUCUUCCUAUUAUCUCUGUUUUGAAGAUCGAUAUCAAAAACACGAACAAUAGAAGCUGUAAAUUGCAUAUAACAAUGCCUCGAAUGUUCAAUUUUCUGAUGAGUAAGAGAAGGAGAAUGAAUAGAAAAAAGAAGCAUGAUGAUGCAUCUGGUGCUCGAAUGAAGAAAAUCAAGACUCGAGACAACAGUGGUGUGUCAUCUUGGUCAAAUUUUCCUCAUGAUGUUCUUCUUUUAGUUAUGACACGACUUGGAGUCGUUGAUUUCAUUGCAUUUAGUGGAGUUUGCAAGUCAUGGAGAUCAUUUGCAGUCUAUAACAAGAAGAGUUUUAUGGUGUCCAAACCACCCAUGUCCAUAUCUACCAUCUCUUCUGACACUAAUGAGAAAGAAUACUACCUAAACGACUUUGAAGGAAGAAAGUACAAAAUUACCCUUCCCUGUUUUGCUCAUGGGGGGAGGUGUAUAGGGGUAACCGGUGGUUACUUGAUUUUGUUCAAUGAGAACACAUGCGACUGUUGGCUUGUGAAUCUUAUCACAAGGCAUGAACUUCAUUUCCCUGAUGUCCCUCAUUACCCUCAUGUCCCUGUCUAUGGUGUGUUUUGUUGCCCUGGUUUAUUCAGGGCUAUUCUUGUCUUUUCACCUUCAAUGUCCGAGUGGGUGCUUGUUGUGUUGAAUAUAUGCCAUCAAGAAAUAUGGUUUUGUAUAGCGGGUAAACGAGAAUGGACGAAAGUCGCCACCCGUUUUAACAUCUCUGAUUUACAUGCUUUCAAGGGGAAAAUAUAUAUUCUAGUGAGCUCUAAAUACUCUCGAUCAGAUGAAGAUGAAGUAGUGAGGCUAUGUGAAAUGGAACUCUAUCCAAAGCCUAAACUGAUUUUACUCAAAACCGAGAAUUUUAAGAAGCAAGAUUUCACAUUUCCGAGGAUUCAUGAAUUGGAUUUUGGCGAAAUGAAAUUUGUGUCACGUGAAGAGAAAGGAGAAAAGUAUGCAUUCUUUCUUAACACCUUCAUGGAUGGUAAUACUAUUACACUUAGAGAGAUGUGGGAUGAUAUUCAUUCACUAUACGGGAGAUAUGCUGUUAAUGAUAAAGAGGAAAAGGAUGGGUUUUUCAAUGCAAACAUGUGGUAUUUCUUUGAUGACUGUUUCAAUGUUUGA